AUGGCAACCGUCGGCGGCAUUGUCUUCCUCCUCGUCUCUGUGUUGUCCGUGGCCGAAGCCAGAAUCCCCGGAAACUACGCCGGCGGCUCUUGGCAAGGUGCUCAUGCUACGUUCUACGGUGGCAGUGAUGCCUCCGGUACAAUGGGCGGUGCUUGUGGUUAUGGGAAUUUAUACAGCCAAGGAUACGGAGUGAACACGGCGGCGCUGAGCACGGCGUUGUUUAAUAACGGCCUAAGUUGUGGCGCUUGCUAUGAAAUCAAGUGCGCCAAUGACCCGGGGUGGUGCCACGCCGGAAGCCCCUCCAUCUUCAUCACCGCCACCAACUUCUGCCCCCCGAAUUUCGCCUUACCAAAUGACAAUGGCGGUUGGUGUAACCCUCCUCGUACCCACUUCGACCUCGCCAUGCCCAUGUUUCUCAAAAUCGCCCAAUAUCGUGCCGGAAUCGUCCCCGUCUCUUACCGCCGGGUCCCUUGCAGGAAGGCAGGGGGGAUCAGGUUCACAAUUAACGGUUUCCGUUACUUCAAUUUGGUGUUGAUCAGCAAUGUUGCGGGUGCGGGUGACAUUCAGAAGGCAUGGGUAAAAGGGACAAAGACGAAUUGGCUGAGCAUGAGUCGUAACUGGGGUCAAAAUUGGCAAUCAAACGCUGUCCUCACCGGUCAAUCGCUUUCCUUCAGGGUCAGAGGCAGUGAUCGACGCACCUCCACUUCCUGGAACAUUGUCCCUGCCAAUUGGCAGUUCGGCCAAACCUUCAUGGGGAAAAACUUCCGCGUGUAAACGACGGACACGGUUGUCUUCUAGAAUUUGUUCCCAUGAGCGAUUGACUUUUGAAAUCAUCGCCCAUUUGGUAUUUUACCUCAAGCAAAUUAUCAUUCUUGUAAAAAUGUGAAACUUUGCGAUUUGCAAAGUAGGAUGAUUUUUUAUAUAUAAAUAUUCUAUGCAAUUUGUUCUAAUCUCA